AUGGCGGACGAGAAGGAGUUAAAGACGUGGGUGUCGGAUCAGCUAUAUCAAAUCCUCGGCUACUCCGAGUCCAGUCUCGUUACCUUCGUUAUCGCGUUAGCUAAGAGAUCGUCCAGCGUGAGCGCUCUCACAUCCAGCCUCUCGUCCAAUGGCCUUCCAGCGUCGCCUGCCACGUCAGCCUUUGCCAGCCAGCUGGCCCUGAGAAUACCGAGCGCCAAGAAAGGUCCUUCGGCAUACAAGACAGAGGAGAAAGCAGCCAUUGAGUUUGCUCGCCGGCAGCAGCAGGAUGAGUUGGUGGACGAGGAGUAUUUGUUUUCAGAUGUGAAGCUGACGGAGAGGGAGCAGGCGGAGCAGCGGUACAAGCGCAAGGUGCUGGCGCUGGCCAAGCAGCAAGUGGAGGACGUGGGGAAGGUGCUGGAGUACCACCUACCAGAAGCGUACGACAAGGAGGAGAAGGUGCAGCAGGACAAGAGGUUUGCGGUGGCUAUGAAGCGAUACCAGGACGUGGAGGGCGACGACAAGGUGACUCCACGUGCAGAGCAGGAGGCUUGGGAGAAUCAUCAAAUAGGCAAGGCGACAGUGAACUUUGGGUCAAAGGAUCGCAAGGUAGACUCAGAGCAGUACGAGUAUGUGUUUGAGGAUCAGAUCGACUUCAUUAAAGAUACAAUCAUGGCCGGGGAUGACAGGGAGGGUUCAGAGGACGAGGAGGAGAGGGAGCGUCAGGUGGAGGUGUCAAAGGCCAAGUCAGCGUUUGACAAGAUACAGGCGGAGAGGAAGAAUCUGCCCAUGUACCGAUACAGGGAGGAGCUGCUGCAAGCUAUCCACGACCACCAGGUGCUGGUGAUAGUGGGGGAGACGGGGUCGGGCAAGACAACUCAGAUCCCGCAGUAUCUCUACGAAGAGGGAUACGGCAAGCGCGGCAAGUAUCUGUACGAAGAGGGAUACGGCAAGCGCGGCAAGGUGAGUGGUGGGGCUCGGAUUGGAAAGGUGGGGCAAGGUGCGGGAAGGAGAGUGGCAGCAAUGAGCGUGGCAGCGCGAGUGGCGCAGGAGGUGGGGUGCAAGCUGGGGCACGAGGUGGGGUACUCCAUUCGCUUCGAGGACUGCACGUCCGACAAGACCGUUCUCAAGUACAUGACCGACGGCAUGCUGCUGCGCGAAUUCCUCAGCGAACCAGACCUCGCGAGCUACUCUGUUAUGAUGGUAGAUGAGGCUCACGAGAGGACGCUUCACACAGACGUGCUGUUCGGGCUGGUGAAGGACAUUGCAAGGUUCAGGCCCGAUCUGAAGCUGCUGAUCUCGAGCGCCACGCUCGACGCGGAGAAGUUCAGCGAGUAUUUCGACUUUGCGCCGAUUUUCCGAAUUCCUGGGAGGAGGUAUCCCGUGGAUAUACAUUACACCAAGGCGCCUGAGGCGGAUUACCUAGAUGCCGCGGUGGUAACCGUGUUACAGAUCCAUGUAACGCAGCCACCAGGGGACGUGCUGGUGUUCCUGACCGGGCAGGAGGAAAUUGAGGCAGCAGAGGAGAUUCUCAGGCAUAGGACCAAGGGGCUGGGUACGAAGAUUGCAGAAAUGAUCAUCUGCCCGAUCUACGCGAACCUGCCCACGGACAUGCAGGCGAAGAUUUUCGAAAAGACGCCCGAGGGGGCCCGGAAGGUGGUUCUGGCGACCAACAUCGCAGAAACGUCCCUCACGAUUGACGGGAUUAAAUACGUGAUCGACCCGGGGUUCGUGAAGCAGAAAAGCUACAACCCGCGCACUGGCAUGGAGUCGCUUAUAGUCACCCCUGUAUCCAAAGCACAGGCGAAUCAGCGGGCGGGAAGAGCCGGUAGAACGUCACCCGGGAAAUGCUUUCGGCUGUACACUGCAUGGUCGUAUGCAAACGAGUUGGAGGAUAAUACCGUGCCGGAGAUUCAGAGGACGAACCUCGGGAAUGUCGUCCUGAUGCUGAAAUCCCUGGGGAUCAACGACUUGCUGAAUUUCGACUUCAUGGACCCGCCCCCUGCGGAGACGCUGCUGCGGGCGCUGGAGAUGCUGUAUGCGCUGGGGGCGCUGAACGACCGCGGGGAGCUGACCAAGCUGGGCAGGAAGAUGGCCGAGUUUCCUCUCGACCCGCAGAUGUCCAAGCUGCUUGUGGCUUCUGAUAAAUACCUGUGCUCUGAAGAAGCAGCCACCAUAUGCGCUAUGCUGUCAGUCGGCAACGCCGUCUUCUACCGCCCCAAGGACAAGCAGGUGCAUGCAGACAACGCUCGAAUGAACUUCCACACGGGCAACGUGGGCGACCACAUCGCGCUGCUAAGGGUUUACGAGCAGUGGGCUGAGACCAGCUUCUCGUCUCAGUUCUGCUACGAGAAUUACAUUCAGGUACGAAGCAUGAAGAUGGCAAGGGAUGUGCGCGAUCAGCUGAUGGGACUGCUGGAGCGAGUGGAAAUCGAACCAAGUAGUAGCAGCGGCGACUUGGAUGCCAUCAAAAAGGCCAUCACUGCUGGCUAUUUCUACCACACGGCUCGUCUGCAGAAGAACCGCACAUACCGCACUGUGAAGAACCCCCAGACGGUGCACAUCCACCCGAGCUCGGGGCUGGCGCAGGUGCUGCCGCGGUGGGUGGUAUACCACGAGCUGGUGUACACGAGCAAGGAGUUCAUGCGGCAGGUCGUGGAGAUUAAGCCUGAAUGGCUGGUGGAGAUUGCACCGCACUACUACAAGCUCAAAGACGUGGAGGAUUCUGGCACACACAAGAUGCCCAAGGUGGUGGGCAAGGCAGCCGAUAAGUAG